UGAUAGGAAUACCUUACAUUCGAUGUACAUAAAAAAUCUGUACUGUACAUAAAAAAUCUUGUGUUCCAGCUAAUAACUAUGGCUAUGUCGUAUUUCACAGUGAUCUGUAGUAUCUAAUAAAGGCGUAAGCUAUGGUGAAGGUAUUAGGUAUUCCUAAUCGAUAUUCUCAACUUAUAUUCGAUAAUAAAUAUUUCUAUUAUCCCUAUUACAUAUUACAUAUGGCACAUACACACAGAUAUUGUAAUGAAACUAACAGUACAAGUCGAGGGGACUUGAUAUAUAUAUUUCACUUUUUUGAUAAAUAAAUUAUUCUCCUGCAUUCCUCCUCACUUUUCUUCUCAGUUAUUCGACGAAGGAUUUGUGAAAUGUUGUUUUGUAUGGUAACGACGAGACUAAUAAAUAAAUUGCUAAUCACUAAUAAUAAACAUUAAUUGCUAAUCGAACGAGAGAAUUCAUUUUGUUUUACCAAAUUUAAACUCACGCUUGUUAGCACUUUCUUGCGACGACUGAUGUGUCGAACAAAAAAUGUGCGACGCACUUCUGCCUGAUGUAUCUGCCACGCUAAUGCAAAGAGUUUAAAGUACUAACAUACAGCACGACUGACGCUUGCGCGUGAAAAUCGAGAUGGCAAAAUACUGGUAGAUAUAAAGCUAACUAGAAGUAAUACGCGUUAUAUUAUCACAAAUAAUAAUAUCUAAUAAGAAGGCGAGAGAGAAUGUAUUGGAGCUGGAACUUGGGUAGCUCACUGGUAAGAGCAGUCAAAAUUGCUAUCAUAAUUCCGUUUAUACGUAGAAUUUCAGCGAGUAAUAGAAAUUUUAAGGGCAUCAUAUCUCGUAAAGGGAAACACGCAAAGAUAAAAAUAUAAAUCUCGACACGGUUACGCGCGCGCCCAAGUAGGAAUAUUGAUAUCAUAAUCGCUGAUGUUGCGCUAUUAUAUGUAUAUAAUCUUAGAAAACUUUAUACAAGCAAAAUUAGAAGAUGUGAAAUUAUUCGUGUUACAUUCGCGCAGUAAAUAUUGAUUAAAAAGAAAUAUCUAGAUGUGCAACGUUUUGUGGGAUACCGCUACGCUACAAUUGCAAAAGAUGCUACUAUUUCUAAUGCAUAGAAACCAGUUGUUGGCAAAAUGUUUGUAGCAUUAUUGCAAGGCUUCGCCACGGUAAUGUACACAACACACAUUAACGAGAAACAGUGCGCUUAUAAAUUGCUCAAGUUUGAAAAUUUAUCGCAGACGAUUAAAUUUCCACUGAAAGCUCAGCUUUCGCAUAAAUUUGCAUAAUUCACGAUUUACGUGCCAUUAUAUCUAUUAUUAUCCUGACUAUUAUCUUGUCGAUAUUAUUUCAGCUGUCCACUACGUCGCUAUCUUACUUCACAGUAAUUUAUUCUCUGCAAUAGCGAUAAGGCACAUUGCGCUGGCAUUUAUUUACAAUCACUGUACGAGAGGAGAUUCGCGCACUGGUAGUGAAACAUCAGAGAAAGAUUUUCGUAGAUAUGAAAUUGUCAGAUAUAUUAUUGCGUUUAUUAACAUUAAUUGCUUAUUAACGCGUGCGUGCGUUUGUACUUCAAACUUUAAUGUAAAAAAUAUAAUUAUCCGCAGCUCAAAUACAGCUUUGUCGAACAUUUUACCAGUGACUUCUUGGGAAAGCCGCAUGAAUAGCUUGGUAGAAGAUUGCCGUAGAAAAGCGCCCAUUAAUUUUGAAGGUAAUAAACGACUCACUCGCACGCACAUUGUAUUUUCUAUGCAGUGCUAAACCGCACCUUUCACUCUAUAAGCCGAAUUAUCUCUCUGCGAUCUUUUAAAUCGUUGGGAAAAAUACUUGAUAUAUAUACAUUUUUUUAUCAAUACUCAGCAGUUUCAUGCAAAUUAAAUGUAUGCCAGAGAGACGUCUGUAUAACACGUUACGGAUAUAUGUAGUGAAAGAAAACUAUCUCGAUCUGGAGACGGUUAGCGAGAUACCUCACGACUUCCGUCGAACGUGUCUUCGCUCUUUCAAGACAAACAGUUCGACGAAGAAACGACAUGAACUGCGCUCGCGCAAAGAUGCGCCAAGCUGCGCAAGUCCGAAAUACGAGAAUUGUAAGAUGCAUUUUCAUCUAAUUCGCCCGCAAUCAACUUCACGACUCGCAAUUAGAUCGAUCGGUGGAAACGAUACGAGUAAUUGUGUAAAAUUACGAAAUUACAGUCGCCGGCCAUGAAAAAUUCGUGAAAAUAAAAAAAGAAGAAAAAUAGAAAAAAUGUCAAUUUGGGACGUUUAAUAAUAAUGAAUUGAUUCCGCGUGCUGCGUGAGAGAGCAUCGAUGCGAUUACCACUCCGUCCGCAGAAUUGUUUCAUCCGCGGUAAAGAAUGGUCUUCACUGGCGAACAAUAUUACAACAUUAAUCGAAUCAUGUUGACGACAAUCGGCUUGUGGCCGUAUCAGAAACAGAGUAUUUUACACACAGUGUUUUUUUUCAGUGUGUUCAUCUCCUUCAUAUUAUUUCAGCUUACGGUAUUUUUAACGGCAAAGCACGAUUUUGGAUUUAUUACGAACAUGCUUUCGAAUAUUUUCCCCUCCAUCGGAUAUUUCUUAUUUUACAAUUGUUAUUACUUCAAUAUUAAGAAGGUGAGUAAAAUUCGUGGUUUCAUUUGCACGAUAUUCUCGCACAAUGCGAGAAUUUCAUACUUUCGUGAGCGAAGGGGAUUUACAAAGCAGGGAUUCUUCGAAUGGCAGGUAAAGCAACUGUUGGAACAAAUCGAGGCAGAUUGGAAUACGGUCGACGAUAGCGAACUGAAAAUAUUACAGAAAUAUGCCAUCAAGUCUCGUCUAAUUUCGCUGAUUUUGGUCUCUAUGGUAAUCUUCGGUAUGAGUCUCUUAAUAAUUAUCGAAAUGCUGCCGAUUAUUCUCGACGUUGUCGUGCCGAUGAAUGAAUCCAGACCGCGCAAGAUCAAGGUUAUGUUCGAGAUGUUUCUCGACCAACAGCAAUAUUUUUACAUCUAUCUGAUACACGAGAUCGUGGUAGUAAUGGCCUCAUUUUCAACGGUAGUCGCCAUCGGCACUUUGUUAUUUGCGAUCCUGAGACAUUGUUGCGCCACUUACAAAAUUGCUAGUACCUUGAUCGGGAGCCUAGUAACCAAGCACACGCUUGAGAUUCCUUCUAAGCAGAGAACGCGCGAGAUGUGCCGGAGAAUCACUCGUGCCGUUUGUUUGCACAGAAAAACUAUACAGUUCAUUAAAUUCUUAUUAAAUAUCGUGAAUAAGUGGUUUUUCGUUAUAAUGGGGAUCGCUGUGUUGUCUCUGAGUUGCAAUCUUCUUCGAUUUCUUACUGCAGUGAUAGUGUUAAAGGAAUUAUCCGAAGCAAUAAUAUGCGGCGGAAUGGUGUUUGCCCAUUUUGUAAUUUUGUUUUUAGCUAAUUUUAUUGGGCAAACAAUUAUAGAUCAUAGCACGGAAAUGUUUAUGAACACAUAUAAUACGGCAUGGUACCUAGCUCCGCUACCGAUACAGAAGUUGCUGUUAUUUGUCAUGCAAAAUACUCUAAAAACUAACACGCUAAUGAUUGGUGGGAUUUUCAUAGCGUCUUUGGAAGGAUUUUCUACGGUAAUAAACGUAAAAUACAUAAACAACGUAACCAAAUUAGUUUCUUAAAAGAAGUCUAAUUUAUCUUUUUCUUUCCUUACGCAAAAUAUCGAUUUGCUUUACUCAACGCGUAUCAAAAAAAUAACAAUAUUGACACUGACACGAUAUAAAGAUUAAAAUAUGUUUUUAGCUCAUAACUACGUCAAUAUCAUACUUUACGGUUCUUUACAAUAUUAAUUAACAGUCAAGCGAUGAAAAAAAUACCAAUUGCUUCAGAAAGGUUUACAUAAAGAUAAUACGGAAUGGAGUUUUUCAAGUAUGUAAUUGUGUUCGUUUAAGCACAUGAUUUACGAAAACUUGUACAAACAUUUCGUAAAUGAUUGCGUCAUAAAAUUUACACGUAUCAUUCACAAUAUUAAUAUAGCAAAAAUAACUUUGAUAUUUAGCGUUUGACCGUAAUGAACAAAAUUACAUGUGAAAUAAAAAAUUAUUCAAUCUAUUUACCACUAAUUAA